GCUGUCCUACCACUUCCGGUUCCGGCGCGGCUGUAGCGGAGCUAAGAAGGCCCGGGAGCCAUGAUCGAGGUCGUCUGCAACGACCGCCUGGGGAAGAAGGUCCGGGUGAAAUGCAACCCCGAGGAUUCAAUCCGGGACCUGAAGAAGCUGAUUGCAGCUCAGACUGGAACCCGCUGGGACAAGAUCGUGCUCAAAAAAUGGUACACCAUCUUCAAGGACCACGUCACGCUCGGGGACUAUGAGAUCCACGAUGGGAUGAACCUGGAGCUCUACUACCAAUAGUGGCCCCUCCCAGUACCUCCCAGUCCCAUCCCAGUACCUCCCAGUCUCGUCCCAGUACAUCCCAGUGUCCCCCACCCCAUUUUUACCCCAUCUGUGCUCCCCGGAGCCGCGUUGAGGCUCUGAACCUGCCCCGUUUGUUUAUAAAUAAAGGCGAUUUUGGGGCCUCCUG